UGGGCAGUGCAGAGCAUACAUACACCCUUUUAUUAAUGGGCUUUUGUAGAACAAAAAAACAAAUCGGCCCAGUAAAAGUGAACCGUCCAUACUCUGGUCUGGUCUACGAAGCGGCGUCGCACUUGCGAAAUGCAGGCACGUGUGUGAGGUAUGAUAGCGAAGGUUCUUCUGGACCUUCCUGUUUGGCAACUGAGAUUGGCGUGAUCAUCAAAUACAAACACGACUACUUCAUUCCUGGUUUGUCUUUCUUGUCAAGCAAUUGAAUUUUCAAAUCCCAAAAGAAGAGAGAUCUCAGAGUACAUUUGUUUUCUGAGCUUCGUCAAUGUCUUCUCCUGCAGAAUUCUACAGUUCGCUUCCACCUAUAAGCAAAACUUAUGGGACCCUAUGUUUGUUCUUCACAACAGCAUAUCAGUUUGGUCUAUAUCAUCCUAAAUAUAUUGCAUUGAUAUAUGAACGAGUAUUCUUACAUUUUGAGGUGUGGAGGCUGAUUACCAACUUCUUUUUCCUAGGGCAAUUCUCUAUCAACUUUGGAAUUCGCCUUUUAAUGAUAGCAAGAUAUGGAGUCCAACUGGAGAAUGGACCAUUUCAAAGGCGUACAGCAGAUUUCUUGUGGAUGAUGAUCUUUGGAGCUUUCACAUUAUUGGCAUUAUCUGUCAUCCCCUGGUUCCGGUCCCCCUUCUUAGGAGUGUCACUGGUCUUCAUGCUUCUUUAUGUCUGGAGUAGAGAAUUCCCGAAUGCCAAUAUCAACAUUUAUGGUCUUGUGUCUCUUAAGGCAUUUUAUUUACCUUGGGCAAUGCUUGCUUUAGACGUUAUUUUUGGUUCAAAACUUCUGCCAGAUCUGUUGGGAAUCGUUGCUGGACAUCUGUAUUACUUCCUGACUGUGCUGCAUCCACUUGCUGGUGGGAAAAACAUAUUGAAGACUCCAAUGUGGGUCAGAAAAGACUGAGAGUUUGCCAAGAAGAAACUGAAAACGAGUAGUGGUGUGAAUCUUCGUAAAGAAAUCAGCAAGUUGCAAUGCUGAAGAGACGAAAGGAAGCGAGAGGAAACCAGACUGCAAAUGCUAACAGACAAAAUGACAAUCAAUCUCAAUGUGCUUUGUCCGCUCAUGAAAGACAGUGUUAUGUGCAAUCUGAAUAGCAUUGCGGUUGUCACAAUAAAGGGAGGUCAGAGAAGACUGAGGGACACCUAAAUUAGUCAAGAGACAGUGAGGCCAAAUAAUCUUAGCAGUGGCAUGAGCCAUAGCACGGUAUUCAGCCUUGGCAGUGGAACGCGCAACAACAGUUUGCUUCUUUCUCUUCCAAGAAAUUAAGGAAUCACCAAGAAACAUGCAGAAGCCAGAAGUAGACUUGCGAUCAGUGACAUUACCAGCCCAAUCAAAAUCAGUAUAAGUUACCAAGUCGAAAGAGGAAGUAGAAGACAACAAUAAAUCUUGAAAGAUAGUAACCCGGAGAUAACGAAGAAUCCGAACUAAUACAGCCCAAUAUGGGGAGCGAGGAGCAGAGACAAACUGGAGACCUUGAAAAAUAGUAAACCUUGAAAGAUAGUACCCCGGAGAUAGCGGAGAAUCCAAACCAAUACAACCCAAUGUGGGGAGCGAGGAGCAAAGACAAACCGAUUAACGACAUGAAUAGCAUAGACAAGAUCAGGACGAGUAACUGUAAGAUAAACUAACUCACGAGCUCUCGAUAUAAAGAAGGAUCAUCCAGAAGAACACCAUUAGUAGUGUUGAGCUUGACAUUAAGUUCAAUGGAGGUAUCAGAAAUCUUAGUGUCAGUAAGACCGGCAUGAUGAAUAACUUCAUUGGCAUACUUGGUCUGAAAAAGAAAGUAGCCCUUAGGAGAAGAAGUAAUCUCAAUACCCAGAAAAUACCGUAAUAGGCUCAUAUCCUUUAUUUCAAAGGUGUGGAAAAGAUGCUGUUUGAUCUCAGAUAUAGCAGAAGAGUCAGAACCAGUGAUGAUCAUAUCAUCUACAUACAGUAAUAACGCAACAAAUCCAGCAGAGUUGUGAAAAAGAAAUAAAGUAAAGUCCUGGGCACAAGGAUGAAAUCCAAGCUUAGUAACAGCAGUCUGAAAGCGAUCAUACCAAACAUGAGGAGAUUGUUUCAGACUAUACAGAGCACGCCGAAGGCGAUAAACCUGUCCAGAGGAAUGGUGAAAGCCAGGGGGAGGAUGCAUGUAAAUCUCCUCGGUGAGAUGACCAUUAAGAAAAUCAUUCUUAGCAUCCAUCUGAUAAAGAGGCCAAGAACGAACAGCAGCAACAGAGAUCAAAGUACAGAUAGUAGUCAUCUUGGCAACGGAGUAAAAAUCUCCUCAUAAUCAAUACCAUACUCUUGUGAGAAACCUUUGGCAACCAGACGAGCUUUAUAGCGCUCAAGAGAACUAUCAGAAUGAGUCUUGAUUUUGUAGAUUCAUUUACAACCAACCAGAUUCUUACCAGUAAGCAAAGGAACUAACUCCCAAGUACUAGUUUUCUGUAGAGCAGACAACUCAUCCUCCAUAGCUUGAAU